CGGAGCGCCGAGCUAGGGCGGCAGCGGGGACGGCCGGGCGCGGCGCGGCUGCCAUGGGCGCGCAGUGAGCGGCCGCUCGGAGCGACUUCCUCGGCGGCUCGGGGCUCCCCGGCUGGCGGUGCGUGUCCGCGGUCACCAUGAAAGACGACUUCGCAGAGGAGGAGGAGGUGCAGUCCUUCGGUUACAAGAGGUUUGGUAUUCAGGAAGGAACACAAUGUACAAAAUGUAAGAAUAACUGGGCACUGAAGUUUUCUAUCAUAUUAUUAUAUAUUUUGUGUGCCUUGCUAACCAUCACAGUAGCCAUUUUGGGAUAUAAAGUUGUAGAGAAAAUGGACAAUGUCACAGGUGGAAUGGAGACGUCUCGCCAGACCUACGAUGACAAGCUCACAGCAGUGGAAAGUGAUCUGAAAAAACUAGGGGACCAAACUGGGAAGAAAGCUAUAAGCACCAACUCAGAACUUUCUACCUUCAGAUCAGAUAUUCUGGAUCUUCGGCAACAACUUCAGGAGAUUACAGAGAAAACCAGCAAGAACAAAGACACGCUGGAGAAGUUGCAGGCAAGUGGGGAUGCACUGGUGGACAGGCAGAGUCAGCUGAAAGAAACUCUGGAGAAUAAUUCUUUCCUCAUUACCACGGUAAACAAAACCCUCCAGGCAUAUAACGGCUAUGUCACAAAUCUACAACAAGAUACCAGUGUGCUCCAGGGCAAUCUGCAGAACCAAAUGUAUUCUCAUAAUGUGGUCAUUAUGAACCUCAACAACCUGAACCUGUCCCAGGUCCAGCAGAGGAACCUUAUCACAAAUCUCCAACGGUCUGUGGAUGACACGAGCCAGGCCAUCCAGCGAAUCAAAAAUGACUUCCAAAACCUGCAGCAGGUUUUCCUUCAAGCCAAGAAAGACACUGAUUGGCUGAAGGAGAAAGUGCAUAGCUUGCAGACAUUGGCUGCCAACAACUCUGCCCUGGCCAAAGCCAACAAUGACACCCUGGAGGAUAUGAACAGCCAGCUCAACUCCUUUACAGGUCAGAUGGACAACAUCACCACUAUCUCACAAGUCAAUGAGCAGAACUUGAAAGACCUUCAGGACUUACACAAAGAUGCAGAGAAUAAAACGGCCAUCAAGUUCAGCCAACUGGAAGAACGCUUCCAGCUAUUUGAGGCAGAUAUUGUGAACAUCAUUAGCAAUAUCAGCUACACAGCCCACCACCUGAGGACACUGACCAGCAACCUGAAUGAAGUCAGGACCACUUGCACGGAUACCCUAACCAGACACACAGAUGACCUGACCUCCUUGAAUAAUACACUGGCCAAUAUCCGUUUGGAUUCUGUUUCUCUUAGGAUGCAACAAGAUAUGAUGAGGUCAAGGUUAGACACUGAAGUGGCCAACUUAUCAGUGAUUAUGGAAGAAAUGAAGCUGGUGGACUCCAAGCAUGGUCAGCUCAUCAAGAAUUUUACAAUUCUACAAGGUCCUCCUGGCCCCAGGGGUCCAAAAGGUGACAGAGGAUCUCAGGGGGUCCCUGGUCCAACUGGCAACAAAGGACAGAAAGGAGAGAAGGGAGAGCCUGGCCCACCUGGCCCUGCUGGUGAGAGAGGCCCAGUUGGACCAGUAGGCCCCCCUGGAGAGCGCGGUAGCAAAGGCUCCAAAGGCUCACAGGGCCCCAAAGGGUCCCGUGGGUCCCCAGGGAAGCCUGGCCCUCAGGGCCCCAGUGGGGACCCAGGUGCACCAGGCCCAACAGGCAAGGAUGGACUUCCGGGCCCUCAGGGCCCUCCUGGCUUUCAAGGACUGCAGGGCACUGUGGGUGAGCCUGGAGUACCUGGACCUCGGGGGCUACCAGGCUUGCCAGGCGUGCCAGGCAUGCCUGGACCCAAGGGACCACCUGGCCCCCCAGGCCCAUCAGGAGCAGUGGAGCCUUUGGCUUUGCAGAACGAGCCAACCCUAGCACCAGAAGCCAAUGGCUGUCCACCUCGAUGGAAGAACUUCACAGACAAAUGUUACUAUUUUUCGGUGGAAAAAGAAAUUUUUGAGGAUGCAAAGCUUUUCUGUGAAGACAAGUCUUCACAUCUUGUUUUUAUAAACUCAAGAGAGGAACAGCAAUGGAUAAAAAAGCAGAUAGUAGGGAGAGAUAGCCACUGGAUCGGCCUUACCGACUCUGAGCAUGAAAAUGAGUGGAAGUGGCUGGAUGGGACGCCUGUGGUCUACAAAAAUUGGAAAGCUGGACAGCCAGAUAACUGGGGCCAUGGCCAUGGGCCAGGAGAAGACUGUGCUGGGUUGAUUUAUGCUGGGCAGUGGAACGACUUCCAGUGUGAAGAAAUCAAUAACUUCAUUUGCGAGAAAAACAGGGAGACAGUGCUGUCAUCCACAUUAUAACAGACUAUGAUGCAAUAACAAGAACAUAUUUUUGGGCGGCUCUCAAAGGCAAAAGACACUUCUUUCCAAUUUCAUCACUGUGUCACCUGAUUGGGUGAGAAGAAGCACUGAAUACCAGUUACUGGGGGCAAAAAAAAAAAAAGGACAGCUACUUUACCAUUACUCAAGGACUUGGGAACUAAAAUGUUCCCUUGGUUGAUAUAUUGAUUUUCAGAGAGCAAAUGGACUGAAUCACAUAGAUUUAUCAGCCAAUAACCAUACAGUUAUACAAAUUUUAUCUUCCAAAAUAUGGAAUGCUCCAAUCAGAAAAAGACUACCGUUGGUUGUUGAGCUAGAGGAAGAACUUAAAACAUUCACUGUGUAAACAGUACCUUUACAUUUCUAAAUCCCAAAUGUAGGGAAAAUAUGCAAACAUACAGAUAUAUAGGCCAACUUUUAGUAAUAAUGAAAUGUACUUUAAGAGCUUUUAAAACAUUGUAUUUUUGUACAAAAUAUUUGCUUUUUACAGUUAUGUUCCUUUUUCCCCCAUUUUACUAAUAUAAUACAUGAAGCCAAAGAAAACAAUAAUGGUACUAAUAAAAUUUCAUGGGGUUUCUCUUCAGAUUUAAACUA